UCGCGCGCGUCCGCCAGCCGCUGGUAUAUAUAGCUCAUGUGAGCCUGCGACUCGUCAAGCUCAGCGUUCGUCGACCGACCACCAUGCAAGCCCCACUACGCCUUGCAGCUAUCAUUGUGCUGCUCGGAUGCGUGAUGAUAGCAGGAAACGCACUCCCUCAAGAUUGCGACAGUGUUGAGCCAGACUGGCUGAACCCAGACGAUGCACCUGCGGGCAAGAGGUCACCCUGUCAGCCCACCUUCUAGGUCAGACAACACCCGUUUUUCUCCUGGCGACGUACCACAGAACUCAGGGCAAAAUCAUCCACGGAGUCACGGCUACGCGCUGUGUGGGGUAGGGAGAAUCUUCGACCGCGUGCUGUGCCGUCAUAUGGAUAUAACUUAGAGCGAACUAAUUGAUGUAACGUAACUUCUUGAGCAGAAGUGUGCGUGCAAGGUGCCCUAUCA